UUACGGGAACUCAUGGGUCUGGAAACUGGGACCAAUGGCACAGCUCUUACAGAGUUCAUUCUACUGGGCCUGGUGGAAACUGGAAAGCUAGAGUCUGUGCUAUUUGUCUUCUUCCUCUUUGCCUACCUGGUCACAGUCGGGGGCAACCUCAGCAUCCUGGCUGCCAUCUUGAUGGAACCCAAACUCCACUCCCCCAUGUACUUCUUCCUGGGGAACCUGUCAGUGCUGGAUGUUGGGUGCAUCACAGUCACCGUCCCGCCAAUGCUGGGCCGCCUUGUGUCCCACAAGCGUACAAUUUCCUACCAUGCCUGCCUCUCCCAGCUCUUCUUCUUCCACUUUUUAGCUGGUGUGGACUGCUUCCUGUUGACAGCCAUGGCAUAUGACCGGUUCCUGGCCAUCUGCCAGCCCCUCACCUACAGCACCCGCAUGAGCCAGACAGUCCAGAGGACGUUGGCGGCUGUGUCCUGGGCUUGUGCCUUCUCCAAUGCACUUACCCACACUGUGGCCCUAAGCACCCUCAACUUCUGUGGUCCCAAAGAGGUCAACCACUUCUACUGUGACCUCCCACAGCUCUUCCAGCUCUCCUGCUCCAGCACCCAACUCAACGAGCUGCUGCUCUUUAGUAUGUGUAUCCUCAUGGCAGGCGUACCCGUGGUUCUCAUCCUCACCUCCUACCUCCACGUGGCAGUUGCAGUCCUACAAAUCCGCUCUGCUGAGGGCAGGAAAAAAGCCUUCUCCACGUGUGGCUCCCACCUCACUGUGGUUUGCCUCUUCUACGGGACAGGUAUCUUCAACUACACCCGCUUUGGUUCAGAGGAGGCUUCAGAUAAGGAUAAAGGGGUUGGGAUUUUCAACACUGUCAUCAACCCCAUGCUGAACCCACUGAUCUACAGCCUCAGAAACUCUGAUGUUCAGGCCACUCUAAGGAGGGUAUUUGUGUCGAGGCAGUGA